AGCAUGCACUAAAUGUAGAGUGCACCAUGCACUACAAAAGAGUUUAGAUGAACUCUCAAUUGGCAGCAGAUUCUCGCAAAAUGCAGUAAUAUACCAACUUUUUGAAAUGUUCAGAGGAAUAAUCAAAUGCGGGGAUGCCGACAAAAAUGUGCCGGUGAUGGAUCCAUACAAGUUUAAUUUGGAAAAGGCACAACUUCAGGCUGUAAUAAAUGCUGAAUUAAACAUUACCAAUGGAGUGGUCACCGGUCUAAGCGACUUUCGACUCGAAGAUUUUGUAUUCAAGAAAGAUGAGGUGUCCUUAGACGUCGUUAUAAAAAUACCCGUCAUCAAGUUGGACUCUGAAUAUUAUGAAAUGGAAGGGAAAAUAUUAGAUAUAUUUCCUAUCGCAGGCACAGGAUUCCUUUAUGUUAUUGCAAAAGAUGUCACAAUCUACAGUAGGCUCUACUUGAAACAAUCAACCAAUGGAAAAUGUGUCGUCAUUGAUAGACUUGAAAAUACUAGCUUUACCGUAGACAAGAUUUUGAGCCACACAGAGUUCGACAAAAACAUUGACAACGUCCUGAACGCAAUGAUUGAAGACCUCCUCGCCGGCUAUCUCACGAGAUUCAGCAAGUUCAUAUCAAAGACUUACGAGGGCUAUGUCGUCAGUAUGCUAAAUGAAGUUCUUAAUAAGUAUGAGACGUGGAGCAUUCUGGCUACGAUACUGCACAAAUAAACAUACUACUUAUUAUCCAUCAUGUUUUCUACAUAAAUAGGUAUACCUAUCUCGACACAAACUGUAUUAAAUAUGUUAAUAAUAAUGAUUAAACUUAUUAGUGGCACCCUAGUUCGCCGUGACCAACUACUGUAAACAUCUUCACUUCAUUAAGUAGGCAGUUAACUAUGUUUUUACAGGAAAUAGUUACAUUUCAGAAUUCUGGUGCUAUUGCCUAUUAUGAUAGCAUCUUCUAUUAUUUAGGUAAAUAUCUACAGGGUGUUAGGUAAAUGGGUAUAUGAGCCGACA